AUGGUUACAGAGCAUGAGGACAAGAACACGCUCCUCGUGACCCCAAUUUCACAUUAUCUUACAUUGGAACAGUUUGUUCCACUAAAAUCGCAUCCAGAUACAUUUGAUAAUACGGCGGAGGACAAGAUUGAGGAGCGUCUAAUGAAGCUCGCAAAGGCUGAUGACACUACUCCAUCCAGUGCUUUAGAUGGUAAAAAGGACCCUUCCAAGACACGAAAGAGACUUGUGACAUCUGGAAAUAUUGGAUGGGAUUAUGACGGUGAUGUGCCCAGCGAUGAUGAAGAAAUGUACCCACAGACAAAAACUGAAGUCUCUGAGGAUCCAUUCGGAUAUCAGACAUUGUCCAUCUACGGACACAGGCUAAAGAGUUUGCUGGCGCAGCAAGAGGAACGAGAAGCUGAUGAUGAGCUGAAGCAGUACUCGGAUUGCGAGGAUACUGGGUCUCAAGUUUCUGUGGGUUCCAGGACUAAAUCGCAAGACAAGGCUAAAAGCUCGGCCAAAAAACCCAAGGUAGAAGAGAAACCCAGUGGGUUUGAAGAGAAGAUUAUGAGAUUCUUAAAGCAGAACAUGGGACGUGUUACUGUAAAGGUACGUUUUGCACACGAGUUACAGUUCAAGAUUGGCACAUGGAAUUUUUAUUAUAUGGUUACCAAAAUGGCUUAA